GCCGUGACGGAACGCGAUGGCGUGAUGGAGAGGGAACCAUAGAGCGCGGCUCGCCGGGCUAGAGCGCCGCGGGCCAGGGCGCGAUGGGACGGCGAGGGAGGACUGGGGCCGCGGCGGGGAGCGGUGCCGGGGCGGGCCGGUGAUGUGCCAGAGCCCCGGCGGGUCCUGCAGGGCCCGGCCCCGCGGCAGGGAGGGCCCCAGUGCACCGCGAGGCUCCCCGGCCGCCGUUGACGGAGAUGAGGGUCCCGCUGCCGCCCGCGUCCAGGCAGAGCCGAUGACUCCGUGGCAUCAUGGCCCUCUCCGGCUGUAACGUGCUCCUUGCCAUAGCCAGGACCAGUUUCAGAGGCUCCCAUCUUCUUGCGCACUCCAGUCCUCCAUACUCUCCAGCAGUUGCUUUUGUCCAACUAGUGAAUUCUCAUUUAACCUGGACUUGCGUAAGAGACUCUGAAAACCAGCCAUCGCUGCGCUGCGCACGGUUGGGCGCUGGCCUACCUCACUCACCGCCUAAAGUUGUGCGAACGUUUCACACGUCCGCCUGCUUGCGUCAGGAGCUCCGAGAUGAACCUCCGCCCCACCGAAGUUCUGUAAACCAGGGCACUAAACCUGCCAAAACUCCAGCAAAACAAGUCAUAGAGACGCCCGUGGGAAAAAAGUCUUUACGCCAAAAAAUUGUGGAUGAACUGAAACAUUAUUACAAUGGAUUCCACUUGCUUUGGAUUGACACUAAGGUGGCUGCCAGGAUGGUGUGGAGGCUGUUACAUGGUCAGGUCCUCACUAGGAGGGAGAGACGAAGGCUGCUGAGAACUUGCGCAGAUCUCUUCCGGCUGGUUCCCUUCCUGGUGUUUGUCAUUGUCCCCUUCAUGGAAUUUCUGUUACCUGUCUUCUUGAAACUGUUCCCUGAAAUGCUGCCCUCGACGUUUGAGACAGAGUCAAAAAAGGAAGAAAAACAGAAAAAGAAAUUAAAUGCAAAGCUGGAGUUAGCGAAGUUCCUGCAGGAGACCAUUGCAGAGAUGGCCAAAAGGAACAAAGCAGAUACAGGACAAGGAAAACAAUUCUCUUCUUACGUGCACCAGAUUCGUCACACCGGCCAUCGGCCCAGUACCCAGGAGAUCGUACGCUUCUCCAAGCUCUUUGAGGACGAGCUGACCCUGGAACACUUGGAACGGCCGCAGUUGGUAGCUCUUUGCAAAUUGCUUGAGCUGCAGCCCAUUGGCACCAACAAUCUGCUCCGCUUUCAACUUCUGCUGAGACUCAGAACUAUCAAGGCAGAUGAUGAAAUGAUUGCCAAGGAAGGAGUCAAUGGCCUAAGUGUGUCUGAGCUGCAGAGCGCCUGCAGAGCCAGAGGAAUGCGAUCACUGGGGCUCUCGGAGGAGCAGCUGAAGGAACAGCUCAGACAGUGGCUGGAUCUGCAUUUAAAAGAGAAUGUUCCACCUUCUCUGCUCCUGCUUUCCCGUGCCUUGUACUUAAUAGAUGUAAAGCCACAACCUGUUCCGGUUCCACAAAAUAAGAUAGGUGAAACUGCUCAAAUGGUGACAUCUGUUCCUGAAGGUCAAGAGACCCUAGUGGAUCCUGCCCCCAUCGCACAAGGAAGGAAGAAUGAAGAAUUUGUAUCUCAACCAACAGAGAAAUUGCCAGUCUCAGAAGUGUCAGUUAAGCCUCCCCCACGAGAGGUAAGCUUUUCAGAAUUCUUAGACUUUCCAAAGGAGAUUGUUCGUCACACAAUUUAUAGUCAAACCGUGGAAAUGUGUGCUACGAGAUGUUGUGAACGCUAAGUUCAAGGAGCGACAGGAGAAAUUGUGGAGAGAACUGCAUUGAGGGCUGUUAAAUACAAAACUACCACUUGUGACAGACUGGAUUCCCACUGCGGAAGGUGGCAGAACAUGGUGGGGAAUUACCAGGAUGUCCUUUCCUUCUGCUCUUCCUUAAUCAUCUGCUUUGGAGCACUAGGAUCGACCAGCCUUCCGUCAGAACCACCAUAGUAUUAAGUGCCAUUUUGUAUCUGUAAAAGUAUUUCCAUAGAGACUUGCCUUUUGCUCAUUUUCUUUCUGUGAAUAUUUGUUUUCAGUUUAGCUGCUUAGGUAUACAUCCAGGAUGCCCACUUCAGGCAAGUUUGGGAGUCCAGACUGACUUUUACCGGCGGGAGAAUGCUCCUUUGCCCUGAAGAACUUUGUUCCUAAAGUCAGCUGUUAGUCUCCAGAGCAGCUUCCCAUAGUAAAUGGGAAUAGAUCUUCUUCAAAAAAAGGUCUUGAAUUUCAAGACGCGUUUGUAUUGGCACUGCCUAAAAUCUGCGACUUUCUCUAUCCCUAGACGAAGAUGGAAGCGUCUCCGAGCAGCAAGGCGGGCGCCAACGGGGUCUAGCCUGAGCCAGCCAGGAGUGUCCAGCGCCGGGAGAGAAGAGCUUUCAUCUCUGCGCCCCCUGGAAAGGGAAGAGCAACUUUCUAGGAGGCUGCUUUACACAAAAAGGUGUCAGUAGCCCUCAGGGGCCUCUCCGUCUAUUCCAAGCUUAUCAGCAACUAGGCUGUGCUCAGGCUACUUGGAUGGUACCAGCUUCUCAUUUGUACUGGCCCCCUACCCCCACCAUUUUAACUUAUGUUGUAAAUAUGUUAAUAAUGACACUGUCUGCGCUGUUACUGGGCGGGUGUUUGUGCUUUUAAACCUUAGGAAAGGCAGCUUUUCAUUGUCGUAAAGGCCAGGGCACAGAAUGAGUAGGCUAGAAAUCCAGCAAAGCCCAGUUUGAAACCCUCUGCAGGGACGUACCCACACGGCCAGGGCUUGCAGCUUGCCCUGCUGAUGCUGCCGCCGCAGCUUUACAAGCUCAGGCUCUUGGUCCUAAUUAGCGUGGUUUAACCAGUAACUAGUGCACAGAAUGACCCGUGUAGCCAUUGUAUCUCACGGUCGCAUUUGCACCAAGGAGAACAAGCACAGCCAAGGAGGACCAGCGCUCUCCUCGGUGGUGGGCUUGAACUUAACGGCUCAGAAAGACCUAAGAACUUCAGCGCGGUGAAGACAGCUUCCACAGAGCCGGGAAGAGCUUCCUCUGCGGGAGCUUCUGCAUUCAGAGCGCUGCAGCGGGUGCCAGGCAUGGUUAGAGAAGGCAGAGGUUUGUGUUUUUAGGAUCGCACUGGGCCGUGUGAGGUACCAACCUGGGGACCCGCACACAUUUCCCAAGUCCGAUGUAAGACUUGGUUAAACCUUAUCAGGCUCAGAACUGCGCAUCAGCAAGUGCUCUCAGUCGUACUGUACUUUACAAAAUGAUUCUUCGCACACUCCAGUGUUGACUGUUUUUUGGUAGACUCUACAGGGGGAUACUGAAAAGCUGUUUUUAGCAUUUGUUUUUUGUUUUGUUUGGUUUUUUUUUUUUUAAACUUUGUCCUAUGUAAAUAUUCAGAAGUUACUCACAUAAUGGAUUUUAAAUAUAUUUAUACUUACUGUAAAAUUAAAGUUAGACUUGGUGCUAAGUAGAAUGAAAUGUCUUUUCUAGAGGUCAGACAGCCUUUAGAACAAUCCGACUCAAAAAAAGCCAGUCAUCUCAAGGUCAGGCGUUAUCAGCACUUUAAACAUGUGACUCCGGGCUCUUACUGGCAGCGCAGACCCAGCUACUGCCCCACGGUGUUCCUCCCCGUCCCCGCACCCUGCCUUCUGAGUACAGCCAGCGCGCAACACCGGGUAUUUGUAUUUAAUUGGUGGUUAGUAAGUGAGAACAAAUGGUAUUUCAAUAAAAUAACCCCGUU